GUGUCUACGUACAGGCGGUGGUUCUUCCCGGCUUGUUUUUCUUUAAAGCGGUCAACGCUGCUGUGGGAGUAUCUGGAGGAUCUGGAGUAUCUGCUGGCGGGUUGCGCCUGUUUUCUUAUCAUUCCGAAACGUAGACGAUGUAGCUAAAAAAAAAAUAUAUAUAUAUAUAUAUAUAUAAAGGGGUGUUAUCGUCUGUCGGCCUUAUCACGUGGCGACUCAAACGUUGCACUGAUACGGGGAUGACACGUGGCUCGUAGACGGCUGGCCGCCCACCGCCGGUCAAGAAUUCGCUCGAUCAUUCAGCGUACCGCUGCCGUAUUUAAACGUGUAGAGGCGACUCUUGACAAGGAGGUGGUCUUCGCAGCCGCAGCAUCAUGUCGCUUCUCGAGCUCAACCUGCAGUCUGGACUGUGGCAAACACUGCUGCUCUAUGACUCCGACUCUGGUUGGAAGUUGGACAAACUGAUGGACAUCUGCCGCACACUUAUCCGCGAAGAGGAGCUAGUGGUGUACUUCAGGCAUGGAAAUGAAGAGCAACUUAGAAAGUUCCUAAAAGAAAGACCCCAAUACUUCAACUAUGAUCCGGACGAAGACAAAGUCAGCUUGCCGGAGAACUCGACGAGCACCGUUUUAGAGGAAUGCCUCGUAGAGUUUCUGGCACUUCAGGUGAAGGCUUCUUCGGGGUCACUUCCCCUGGCAGAGGUCACAUAUGAGAAGUACAAGCAUCUCUUACCAAAGCCUUUAGCCGAGCACAUGCACACCAUUUAUGGCGGAUCACUGCUGCUCUUCCUGCAGACUCACCCCCUUUCGUUCAUCAUCUGCACCGAGGGCACCGUAAGGCUCGCACCAGACUUUGACAGUUCAAGCAUCUUGGUCGACGACAACAAUGCGGAAGUUGUCUACUUUCUUCUAGGCAUCCUCCAGAAGAUUGGAGCAACGAAAGACAAACCCUUGUCAGUUCAUUUGCUGCUGAAAUAUCUUCCGUACAUGGAAAAGGACGCCAGAGAGUUUCUUUGCAAAGAAUAUCUCAACAAUCUCAACAUUUUCUUUCUCCUCAACUGCCGCUACUUCCAAACGAACAAGCCGGAGAAGUGCAGUGUCUACCCCAAGUACCCGCAGACUCCAAAUUACACUGUAGUUGCCCACCUCAAGCAGCAACUAAGAGUGAAAAACGUUGCAACAGACGGAACUGGCCUAUCUCCCGCACAGCUUGCCGCGAAAGGGAAAAGCUCGUGGAUACCUGCUGUGCAGGCAUUCUUCGCAAAAGCCGGCGAAGGGAAGCAGCUGAAACGACUGCUUAAUGGCUACCCGAACGUCUUCAAGCUGCAGCCAGACGGAAAAGCUUGUCUCCGAGAAGUGUACUCCCCGUGUGAACGGGUCUGGAACCCCAGCUUAGAGUUACUCACUGUCCUUUACUUUGCCGAGAUGUUCAAGGACAUUGGCUCCUCAUCUCCAUCAAACCCAAUUUGCUUCAACUAUGUCCUCAGCUGCGUCGACUCGGCGCCCGAAGAAAUCAAAGACUACUUGAGGGACGCCUUUCCAGGAGUGGAAAUCAUUGACUUGUUCCAUCUGCAUCCGAACAUGUUCGACCUCUCCUCAACAAACUGUGUUUCCCUCAGGUCACCACCCACCGAAGAACUCCCGCACAAAAACGAAGUUGCGGAAGCUCUCUCGAUUCAUUACGCGUAUCAGCUGAUGAAGUAUGCAGACAUAACGCCAGACUUGUUCCUUCUCUGCGUUCAAACGGCCCCGUCUGUGGUCAGAGCUUACUGCACUAGCCCUACAAAAGACCGUCUGCACUCUGUCCUCGAAUCGGCAAAGAAACUGUCUGCAUGUACUGUGAAUGAACGCAACACAGUUGUGGACGACUUUCGGGCCUUGUUUUCGGGCAGCGCUCGCGCAGCGACAAUGCAGUGCAAGGAAGAACGUGUGAGCUUGGCCACUGCAGAAACAGCAACCGGCUUGCAGCCAUACUCCUUAAGUAAGGAACUCAUCCAUGGGGAGCUCUUACGAAAGCGGAGGCAGCGAGAAAAGAAAUCGACGAAAAAUAGCAAUUCAAGUAGUGCGCAGAGCAGCACUGGCGACAUAACUCCAGUCUAGAACCCAGCAUCUGUGCACGUCAGGCACGUUUUUCCUAGAAGACAACAUUGUCGAAGUCUUCCAUUUGGUUCCUUUCGGAGGAUGUACCUUGUGUCACAGUAAUUGUUCCUGUGGGAGCCAGAGUAAAGUCCCCUUAAAGGGAGUAUUCACCAAA